AUGCUGGACGGACCCGUAGCGUCUACGAAGAGUCACCAUGUUCGGCAGCCGUCGACGAGGAAUCGUACUAAGCCUCCAAUGCCGGACAGGGACGAGCUGGAGAACAGAUUCAUUAAAGUUCUGACCGGACUUAUAUCCCGUCGGAUGAUUGGGAGGCGUGGUUACACUAAGCGGUCGCAGAGCACCCACCGGUCGCGGCUGCAUUCCUCGACACCUAUGCGUCUCGAACGCGCCGCGACCGAUCGAUGGCGGACGCAGGAUAGCCCCCCCGGUGAAGACUCCGAAGCAACAUUGUGGAUUGAAUCAGCGUGCAACAGUAUGCAGCACGUACGAUACGAUAUUGCUGCG